AUGCAGGACCGGCCUCUUAGCGCUUGGGGAGGCACGGGUGUACAAAGUCUCGGUCUUUAUCUUCCACUGCUCGUACUAGUGCUUGCAUACUUCCUUUACAAACGUCACCAACGAAGGCGUGAAUAUGAAGCAGACACAGUGUUCGGCAACCAACACGGCUGCCAGGCCAUGGAAGUGCAAUUCCCCGUCAAGUGGCCCCUCGGAAUCGACGUGCUUCGAGCACAAAUGGUUGCUAUUGCCGACAACCGUCUCUUUGCCUAUCAGCAACCCUUCAUUGACGAUCUUGGACCGAACUUUAUGAUAAAAAUGCUAGGCGCCAUGGUAUAUACGACAAUUGACCCGAAGAAUCUCGAAGCAAUGUUGUCGACGAGAUUUGAAGACUUUGAAAUGGGCUCUCGACGCGGAGCUCUACUGCCUUUCAUCGGAGAAGGUAUCUUCACUCAAGAUGGGACAGCAUGGAAGCAUUCUCGCGAACUGCUGCGUCGGCCAUUCCUCAAAAGCCACUACCAAGACCUGAAAGGGUUCGGUGAGCACAUCGAUAGUCUCAUCGCCGGAUUGUCCUCUUCCAGUGGUGUCGUUGAUUUACAGCCUUUCUUAUUCCGCUUCACGUUGGCCACGACUACCGCACUCAUCUUCGGUCAAUCCGUCGAUAGCCUCGAAGAAGCCCAGCAGGAUUUUGCCAAAGACUUUGACUACGCGUCCAUGAUAAGCUCGCUUCGUACGCGGCUGCAGGAUUUCUAUUGGGCGUACAGCCCAUCGAGAUAUAAAGCCGCCUGUAGAAGAGUCCAAGACUUUGCCAACGUCUUUGUCAAGCAAGCUUUACAAGAAAAGAACAAGACGGGACCAGAUUCGGAUCGCUACGCUUUUAUCCAAGAUCUAUACGACGAGAUGCAGGAUCCAGUGCUCGUUCGAGAUCAGCUCGUGAAUGUCUUGUUGGCUGGAAGAGAUACCACUGCGUGCCUAUUGUCCUGGACCUUCUUCCUCCUCGUCCGCCACACUUCCGCUCUAGAUCGUCUUCGCAACGAGAUUCGAUCCGUCAUGGGAGACGACCAAGAAUUGACCAGGACUCAUGUCCAAAAGAUGUCCUAUCUCAAAUGUGUACUGAAUGAGACCCUCCGACUCUAUCCCUCCGUCCCCAUAAACGUCCGCAUAGCCCAAAAAACCACCUGGCUGCCCCGCGGCGGCGGUCCAGAUGGCGAUGCCCCACUGCUCGUACGCCGUGGAGUGGGUGUAGGAUUUCUAGCCUACUACCUGCACCGACGAAAAGACUUGUACGGUGAUGACGCCGAUGAGUUCCGACCAGAGCGAUGGGAAGGUCCUGAACUCGCGAACAUUGGCUGGGGCUAUAUACCCUUUCACGGCGGACCCCGGCUUUGUCUCGGCAAGGACUUCGCAUUGAUGGAAGCGUCUUGCGCCAUCGUUCGAAUCAUACAAACCUUCCCGAACAUCAGGUUGCCACCAGGGUAUCCCGUUGUACCGACAGGGCAAGAAAAGCAAGCGCUGACCGUCUUCCUCUCCAGCGCCGACGGCUGCAAGGUAUUGUUGGACUAG